GUCUAGACAUGGAUCCACCUUUAGUCCAGGUAUGGAAACCCAGCAAAAUGUUCUUAUUGGAUAUGCUGCGUGGAGCUCCCACCAUGGAGCCCUUCAGCCUAGAAUUGAAUUCAGAGCUGAAUUCAUCAACACUGAAGUGUACGAGAAGAAGUCUCUGCAGUCUGAAUGUUGAGUGUCUUAAAGGAUCAAAACUUGCACUGCCUCUCUUGAUGCAUCAGCUUGGUCACUGUAUAGACUAGGCCAAAGGCCUAAGAAAAUCCCAAAAUCCUUACACCACUACAGUAGCACCAUCCAUUUGAAGGAUAAACUGAUUAUUAAAAAGCAAUUUGCAAGCUGGAAGUGCUGGGGGUGCCUUAUUCAAGGAUAACAGUUCAACAAAGCUUGCAAGUGGAUCAAAAUUCGGGCUGCCACAAACUUCUCUUGAAAGGAUGGGUCCUAAAAGAUAUUCUGAUUAUUGACAUUCCAAGCUAGUUGAGUCUUGUAAUCCCUCCAUUUAUGAUGAUGACGACUCUGAUAGCGACAGCCAAAAACAGCAGACGAAGCAGCACUAGCUAAGAAUUGCAAUGACCUUUUUUUCAUAAAAUUUGGGUAAGAAAAUGAUAUUGCAUAUAACUUGUAAUCCGCCAGUCUAUUCACUGCCUAAAUAGUAAACACAAAGACAAGACCGCAUUCUUUCAAGAGUUCUUGUUGUUUUUUCCUGUUCCUUCCUUUCCUUGAUCUAAACAACUUCGGCCAUCAGCAGAACUUAGCUAGUUUGAUCUUCCACAAUCCAUUCUGUGCAGCCACUGCCAAUGCAAAGAUUGAAUAAAAUCCAAGCUCCCAAGAAAUACUGGUUGUUCCUGUACAAUGAAAAUGAAAGACGCAUCCCAGCUAUCUUUGGUUGAUAUGACCCAGGAUUAGCAUCUUGUUCCAGAAGUAUGAGCCACAGACAGUGGCCUUAGUCAUUUGCACUCAAAGGACACUAAAAAAUUAUGUCAACCUUAUUCUUCUGGAAACAAGUUUCACUAAUAGGACACAAAAAAGUCAACUGCGGUACCUGAAUGAAACACAUCCUGCAUCCACGAUGAACAGGGAAAAGUAAUGUGAACUGCGACCUCUUUGUGUGUUUAUCACAUGCAUAUCCAACUGUGAGGGCAAAGCAAAGGUUGAGAGUGGGCAUGCCCUACUAAAUGAAGAAAACCCUCAGCCAAUCUGUCCUGUUGUCCUUUCAAUGCCUAUUCAUUUAGGCUUAGUUGAAAGUCUACUCAUCAUGAGGAAAGAGGUAAGAUUAGUUUUUUAGUCCCUCCACAAAAUCAUAGCCUGCAUUGAAUUUCUUUUCAGUUCCCGAAAGAUCCGUAUCUACACUUCUCUCUCAAAAGUUCCAUUUUUUUUUUCUGGCGGUAAUUCAUUAUUAUGAAGCAGGAUGAAAGUGUAAGGAGCAAAGGUUUUCAUAAAAGAAACAUUAUUGGGCACUUACAGCAGAAGAAAAAAUGAUCUUCAUCAGAACAUUUCUGCUGCUGCUGUUCCAGCAUUUAUUUCUAAGUUCUGCUUUCGCGGUUUCAGGUUCUCGCCACCAUCGUAACCAUUCCUUGCUUGCUGACGAGGCUGCUCUUCUAGCAUUCAAAAAGACCAUCGUUUUUGAUCCAGAGUCCAAGCUAGCUGGCUGGACUGAGGGCGGAGAUGUUUGCAGCUUCACAGGUGUCCGAUGUGACAAACAUCGUCACAGUGUGGUACAACUCAAUCUGUCCCGCAGUGGACUCACCGGGGCAUUGUCACCCAUCAUUUCAAAUCUCAGUGGGCUUCGAUAUCUCAUUCUUGAUGAGAAUCACUUUUAUGGCAUUAUUCCUCCCGAAUUUUCUUCUCUCCGGCAUCUGCAUUCUCUUCGGCUAGACAGCAAUAAUCUACGUGGCUCAUUUCCGGGAUUUCUUGCUGCUCUUCCCAACCUCACCGUGCUAACUCUCACUGAAAACCAUUUGAUGGGCACACUUCCACCUUCUUUAUUCUCUAACUGCACUUCAUUAGCAAAUAUAGAACUGUCACAGAACUUGCUUACGGGAAAAAUUCCCCAGGAGAUUGGAAAUUGUCCAAGUCUCUGGAACCUCAAUUUGUACAACAAUCAAUUUACAGGAGAACUUCCUGCAUCUUUAGCCAACAUUUCAGAACUGUAUAAUAUAGAUGUGGAGUCUAACAGUCUUACUGGAGAAUUGCCCGCAAAUAUCAUAGGGAAACUAUAUUCAGUUGUCUCGCUCCACUUCUCAUAUAAUAAGAUGGUCAGCCAUGAUCACAACACCAACCUCGAGCCAUUCUUUACAGCACUUGCAAAUUGUACCGAAUUGCAGGAGCUGGAAUUGGCUGGUAUGCGCCUUGGAGGAAGAUUGCCCAGUUCAAUUGGCCGACUUAGCGGCGACCUAAGCACUCUGUUAUUGCAAGAAAACAGCAUCUUUGGAACGAUUCCUCCAGGCAUAGCACGUCUUUCCAGCCUUACGUGGCUGAACUUGACGUCCAAUUCUCUAAAUGGGACCAUUUCAGCCGAAAUCAGCCGGUUGUCUUACUUGGAGCAGCUUUUCUUAUCACAUAACUUGCUAACGGGUGCAAUUCCAGCAGCAUUAGGUCAACUCCCUCAUCUUGGUCUGCUCGACCUGUCAAACAAUCAACUCUCUGGUGAAAUCCCUGCAAGUCUAGGAAAUUUGGUUCGAUUGAGUUUUAUGUUUCUCAACAACAACCUUCUUACAGGAACUAUUCCUCCAACAUUAGGGAAGUGCACUGAUCUUUCCAUGCUGGACCUGUCCUAUAACAGAUUGACAGGGAGUAUUCCUCCAGAAAUAUCAGGUAUACGCGAGAUCCGAAGAUAUCUAAAUCUUUCACACAAUCUUCUUGAUGGUCCUUUACCUAUAGAACUCAGUAAGCUGGAAAAUGUUGAAGAGAUAGAUGUUUCAUCAAACAACCUCAGCGGGAGCAUCUUCUUUCAGAUAUCAAGCUGCAUCGCAGUGACGCGGCUAAAUUUCUCACACAAUUCUAUUGAAGGGCACCUUCCUGAUUCCAUUGGUGAUCUAAAGAACCUUGAAUCCUUUGAUGUUUCAGGAAACCACUUAUCUGGAGGUAUCCCAACAAGCCUCAACAAAAGUCGAAGCCUCAGUUUCCUAAAUCUUUCUUUCAACGACUUUGCAGGAGUGAUACCCUCUGGUGGUGUCUUCAAUUCUGUCACGGAUAAGUCAUUCAUAGGCAAUCAGGAUCUUUGUGGUGCAGUUUCUGGCAUGCCCAAAUGCUCUCAUAAGAGACAUUGGUUUCGCUUACGUUUGUUCUUGAUUGUAUUUGUACUGCUCACAUUUGCAUCAGCUUUCUUAACAACAAUUUUCUGUGUGAUUGGAAUCCGCCGUAUCAAGGCCAUGGUUUCCUCUGGAAACUCUGUGGAUACAGAACAGGCAAGGAAACCAGAAACUCCAGAACUGAUCCACAAUUUUCCAAGAGUUACAUAUAGAGAACUCUCUGAAGCCACGGGAGGGUUUGAUGAGCAGAGACUAGUUGGGACAGGUAGCUAUGGACGUGUCUAUAAGGGUCUUCUUCCAGAUGGGACAGCCAUAGCCGUAAAGGUAUUGCAGUUCCAGUCUGGGAAUUCAACCAAGAGUUUUAACAGAGAAUGCCAAGUGUUGAAGAGGAUUAGGCACAGAAAUCUGAUAAGGAUCAUAACAGCAUGCAGUCUUCCUGAUUUCAAGGCUCUUGUUCUUCCAUACAUGGCAAAUGGAAGCUUGGAUAGCCGUCUAUAUCCCCAUUCAGAGACAGGUUUAGGUUCAGGCAGUUCCGAUUUGACUCUCCUACAGAGGGUUAGCAUUUGCAGUGACAUAGCUGAAGGCAUGGCCUAUCUGCAUCACCACUCCCCUGUUAAAGUCAUACAUUGUGAUCUAAAGCCAAGUAACGUUCUUCUUAACGAUGACAUGACAGCUCUGGUUUCUGAUUUUGGCAUAGCAAGGCUGGUUAUGACUGUUGGGGGUGGAAAUGGUGGGGUGGUUGAGAAUAUGGGAAACUCUACAGCAAAUUUGCUUUGCGGAUCAAUCGGAUACAUCGCUCCAGAGUAUGGAUUCGGAUCAAACACUUCUACAAAAGGAGAUGUUUACAGCUUUGGCGUUCUAGUACUCGAGAUGGUGACUAGAAAAAGGCCAACAGAUGACAUGUUUGUCGGUGGGCUAAACCUACACAAAUGGGUCAAGACUCACUACCAUGGUAGAUUAGAGAGAGUGGUAGACCCUUCCUUGAUGAGAGCUUCAAGAGAUCAAUUCCAUGAAGUGAAAAGGAUGUGGGAAGUUGCCAUUGGAGAAUUAGUUGAGCUGGGUAUUCUUUGCACUCAGGAGUCCCCCUCUACUAGGCCUACAAUGCUUGAUGCUGCUGAUGACUUGGAUAGACUAAAGAGGUAUCUUAGUGGCGACACAACUGCCACAUUUGCUUCCUCUCUAGGGAUUUCAUCAUCCACUCUCGGAGAUGACUAACUCCUUCCCCCCAUUUUCUGUACAUGCACUGUAAUGCCUCUGGUUUAAUAUUAUGCUAACCUUUCAAAAAAAUCAGACUGAAAAUCACCACUAAAUCUCUCUUCUUUUCCCCGGACAAUAAAAUCUGUAAUGCCAUUGCUAUAAACUCACCAUAAAAUCUCUGAGAUCAAGCACGGAUAGAUGCAAGAUACUUGAAGCCAACAAAGAGUUUUUUGCUUUACUACUGUUUCUUUCCUUUUCCUUCCCGGAGGAACAAAGUCACGUACAUCUUCUACCUCGAGUCCCGACCAGAAACAAUUCCGCUGUCAUGUUCUUUUUCAGAUAAACAUGUAAAGCAUAUAAAGCAAACUAGGAAACAACAAAACAAACUAGAAGCUUUAAACUUCAGAAACACAGAGAGUUACGUCGGGCAAGCGGAAGCCAUUGGUUAGCUGAGUGUGAACUGUGAAUUUAAUCCUUAUAGUUUAAAAAAUAUGAUUAAUUGAUCUUCUUAGUUUCAAAAACUAUAUGUUUAAUCUCUAUAUUUUAAAAAAAAGUUUUAAAUUUAGUCCUUUUGUCAUGUUCUUUUUCAGUU